AGAUACAGAUAAGUACUUUGUCCUCCUCUGGGGAUAAAUUAUGAAAUGUAUUGUUACAUCUCUUUAUUAACUCAUAAUGGAUCAAAACUCACUGCUCUUUAAUUUCCACAUAAUCAUCAUCGUCAUGCUUGGCGAGGUCGGUUUCACUGGCAUCCUCUGUGUCUGAAAGGUUUUGGAACACGGACACAUUGAAUAAACAAGAGGACUACACUUAAUGUUGCAAGUAUAAUGACGCAUUCAUCAAUAUUUUAACUUCCAUUCAAACCCUCUCCAGAAAUUCACACCCGAACAUGUGCUCGCCAACAGGUUAAUAGAGGGACCAGACCCACAGCGAGUAUGUUAGGUCGGGUAUAGUGUACUGGUUGGAAGGGCAGAGCUGGACCAACUCACCGCAGGGCUCGGUGACCUGUCAGUGUUCGCUGUUAACGUUACGUCGUAACCAGCCGGUACCUCAGUACUAUGGUUAGUUACUUAUAGUUUUGUACAGUCUACGGGUUACUAUGGAGACUGGUUAGUUGCUGGUAUAAAACAGUUAUAGGUACUAUGGGGGACUUGUUAGUUAGUAUAAUAAAACCGUUUACUUGUUACUAUGGGGAACUGGUUAGUUACUAGUAAAAAACCGUCAACCAGUUAUUAUGGGGGGAAUAGGUUAUAAGCUAGUAUAAAACAUUCUACCAGUUACUAUGGGAAACUGGGAUAGAUACUAGUAUAAUUCAGUAUACAGGUUAAUAAAGGUCACUGCUGAGGUGAAAGUAUAAAACUAUACGGGUUACUAUUGAGGACCGGGUAGUUAAUAGCAUAAAACUGUACGGGUUACUAUGGGGGACUUGUUAGUUUCCUUCCGGGGGACUGGUUCGUUAAUAGAGACAGUAUACGGUUACUAAGGGGACUGCCUAGUUGCUAGUCUAAAACCGUCUACGGGUUACAAACGGGGACUGGUUAGUUACAUAUGGUUAGAGGUUCUCCCUCCACAUUGCCAAUUAAAAGACAAAGAGGUGUUGCAAAUACCGCGUUUUACUAUAGGGUAUAUAUUCACGACACACGUUUAUAUAUAAGAGACGCGCUAUUCCACGGGUUGGAAGUCCGACCAGAGGUGCUGCCUUUAGGGCUAACAUUAAGACAGCUAAACGUAAGGCUAACAGGAGUUGUACUAUUUAUCUCCCAGACAGCUACCUGUAGGGCUAACUUGCUCCCAGAAAUGGCAUCAUUAAGCUCCACAUGGAGCCGUUCUUAUUGUACGUCGCUAGAAGUACACAUUGUAAACUAUUUUAUUAAUUGAACGUUUAAUUGCUGUGAUUCAAAGCCAUAUUAGGUGAACGGUGCUCUAUAUACAUCUGGACAUCCCCAGCAAGUAGACCGAGCCAGGCUGGUGUUUACUCUGCUCUCUUUUCCUUUACCUUCUUCUGAGUCUCUUCCUCUGAAGCUCCUAUCAUCCUCCUCCUCCACACUGUCGAGUUCCUCUUCAUCGUUAUAAUAGUCUACCAUGGGUGAUAGCAAAGUUGAAGCCAUUUGUUUGCUUGUGAGAUGUAAACAAAUGCAAAAACCCAAACAAUCGAUUUGUGUUUUGCAGCUUGGAACAGCGCCUACAAUUUCUAGGACCACCGAUAACAAAGCUGCCCGUCGAUUUGCCUGGAUAAAAUGUUAAUGUUCACAACGUUAAUGAUAGCAAUUCUCUGAUGUAUAUUGAAUACGUUUAGAUUAUUGUAUGAUGCAUUAUUUAUUUGAUACAAUAUGAGAGUUUAUUUUUUAUAUUAAAUAGGAGUUAUAUUUGAAAUCUCUACAGGCAUAUAUUUGAUAACCGCAUAAACUCUGGCCUAUUUCUUUGUGUUUUUGAAUCAACCUAAAGGGAAAAAACGAUGUAUCGUAAUGCUUAAAUGACUAAAUUAAAUUGAAUUAAAUCUUUAAAUCAAUCCCAUCAUAUUUAUUACUAUAUGUGUAUCAAUUGUACAGUUUCUUAUAUAAUUGAACCCUAAUGUGAUAAGUAGGCCUAGAAAUAGAACUUGACACUGAAAUUGAAAGGAGGACACUUGGAACUUGGAGUGCGUCUGUUAUUUCCAAACAAUGGCUGCUACACAGUCCAGGCAAGUAGACCAGUAUACUAGUAGACGCAACUUAUUUCCGCCUGUCAAAGUAGCUGUCAAACAAACCGCUUCGAGCAGCUGCUGCUGGAGGGACGAGGAGCACCAGGAAGUCCUGACUACUGACAGCACUUCGGAAAGUCACACCGACAUCUUCAGCGUUGGACUAAAUGUGUUGGAUAGCGUUCGUUUUUCAACAGCUACACGAAUUUAAGUGGUCCAGCUGGCCAAUGGUGGAACUAUGGUGGCCAUCGUGGACGUCCGGUGGUGCUAGCAUCAGUGUGUGUGUGAGCGCCCUCCUCGCUGCGUAGCGCACGUGCAUCCCAUGAUGCCGUCGUCGACGCGGAAAGGGGCGGUGAAGGACCCUGAACUGGCCGAUCUCUUCUUCAAAGAUGACCCCCAGGACGUGUUCUGCGACCUGCACGAGAUUGGACAUGGGAGCUUCGGGGCGGUCUACUUUGCCCGAAACUCCUACUCCAAUGAGGUGGUGGCCAUCAAGAAGAUGUCCUACAAUGGAAAACAGACUACUGAAAAGUGGCAGGACAUCAUAAAGGAGGUGAAGUUCUUGGAGCAGCUACGCCACCCAAACACCAUUGAGUACAAAGGAUGCUACCUAAAGGACAACACUGCCUGGCUGGUGAUGGAGUACUGCCUCGGCUCCGCAUCAGAUCUGCUAGAGGUUCACAAGAAACCACUCCAAGAGGUUGAGAUUGCCGCCAUUACCCAUGGUGCCUUGCUAGGACUGGCUUACCUACAUUCCCAUAAUAUGAUUCACAGAGAUGUGAAGGCCGGUAACAUCCUGCUGACGGAGUUGGGUCAGGUGAAACUGGCUGACUUUGGGUCCGCAUCCAUCGCCUCCCCUGCCAACUCCUUCGUAGGAACCCCAUACUGGAUGGCUCCUGAAGUGAUCCUAGCCAUGGAUGAAGGUCAAUACGAGGGGAAGGUGGACAUCUGGUCCCUUGGGAUCACCUGCAUAGAACUUGCGGAACGCAAGCCGCCAUUGUUCAAUAUGAAUGCCAUGAGUGCCUUAUAUCACAUUGCCCAGAACGACUCUCCCACGCUGCUGUCCAACGAAUGGUCGGAUCCCUUCCGGAGCUUCGUGGACUACUGCCUACUGAAGAUUCCUCAGGACCGACCUUCAUCAGGGGAGCUGUUGAAACAUGACUUUGUGCGGCGGGAGCGGCCUCCACGGGUGCUGAUGGACCUGAUCCAGCGCACUAAGGACGCGGUGCGGGAGCUGGACAACCUGCAGUACCGCAAGAUGAAGAAGAUCCUGUACCAGGAGAAGCACAUCGGCCUGAUGGGGGAGAGCCAGGAGGACGAGGAGGACAGUGAGGCAGCGAGCUGCAAGAGGAACAGCCUGGGGAGCAACCACUCCAUCCCCAGCACGUCGCUCAGCACGGGCAGCCAGAGCAGCAGCGUCAACAGCAUGCAGGAGAUGCUGGAGGACAGCUGCCCUGACAUGACCAUGAUGCUGCACCAAGACUACGACAGCACCCUGGACUCCUCGCCUCAAGCCAAGAAGGACCACUGGGAUGAAGCGCUCCACAGGGACCAACGGCAGGAGAGGUCGUCUUCCUCAGACCGGAGCAGCGAGGGACAGAACUACAGAAACCAAGGCCGCUUCGCCACCAUUAAGUCAGCCUCACUGGUAACCAAGCAGAUCCACGAACAUGAGCAGGAGAGCGAGCUGCGGGAGCAGAUGUCCGGCUACAAGCGCAUGCGACGGCAGCACCAGAAGCAGCUGAUCGCCUUGGAGAACAAGCUGAAGGCCGAGAUGGACGAGCACCGGCUGAAGAUCCAGAAGGAGGUGGAGACCCAGGCCAACAACGCCUACAUCGAGCUGGAGAAGCUGGCCAAGCGACACAUCGUGCACACGGAGAGGGAGAUGAAGACCACGUUGACGGAUGAGAAGAAGUUCCAGCAGCAGAUCGUGGCCCAGCAGAGGAAGGAGCUGACCACCUUCCUGGACACCCAAAAGAAACAGUACAAGCUCUGCAAGGAGAAGAUCAAGGAGGAGAUGAACGAGGACCACAGCACACCCAAGAAGGAGAAGCAGGAGCGCCUGUCCAAGCACAAGGAGAACAUGCAGCACUCGCAGGCGGAGGAGGAGGCUCUGCUCCUGGGCCAGCAGAGGGUCUUCUACGAGAGGAACUGCCGCACGUUCAAGCGCAAGGUCAUGCAUAAGAGGCACGACUUUGAGCAGGAGCAGAUCCGCGAGGAGCUCAACAAGAAGAAGACCCAGAAGGAGAUGGAGCACGCCAUGCUGAUCCGCCACGACGAGUCCACCCAGGAGCUGGAGCAGCGGCAGCUCAAGACCCUGCAGAAGCUGCGCAUGGACCUGAUCCGGCUACAGCACCAGACUGAGCUGGAGAACCAGAUAGAGUACAACAACCGGCGGGAACGCGAGCUCCACCGUAAGCACGUGCUGGAGCUCCGGCAGCAGCCCAAGAACCUCAAGUCCCUGGAGUUGCAGAUCAAGAAGCAGUUCCAGGACACGUGCAAGGUGCAGACCAAGCAGUACAAGGCGCUGCGCCACCACCAGAUGGAGGUCACUCCCAAGUCGGAGCACAAGGCCGUGCUGAAGGCCCUGAAGGAGGAGCAGACGCGCAAGCUGGCCAUCCUGGCCGAGCAGUACGAGCAGAGCAUCAACGAGAUGAUGGCCUCGCAGGCGCUGCGACUGGACGAGGCCCAGGAAGCGGAGUGCCAGGCUCUGAGGCAGCAGCUGCAGCAGGAGAUGGAGCUGCUCAACGCCUACCAGAGCAAGAUCAAGAUGCAGACGGAGGCGCAGCACGACCGCGAGCAGCAGAAGCUGGAGCAGAAGGUGUCGCUGCGCCGCGCUCACCUGGAACAAAAGAUUGAAGAGGAGCUGGUUUCCCUUCAGAAGGAGCGGACCGACCGCAUCAAGCACCUGCUGGAGCGCCAGGAGCGGGAGGGGGACAGCUUCGACAUGGAGAGCCUGCGGCUGGGUUUCGGGAACCUGGGGGCCCUGGAGUACCCCAAAGACGACUACAGAUGAGGCCGACGUCCGCCACACACCCGCCCCCCAACCCUCCUCCGACGCAUCGUCCAGCCCGGCGGGACGCUUUGUCCUGAAGACGUCCACGCCACGCGCCUCUAGGAACAGCCGGGGGCUCGGCCCCGCCGGGUCUGCGAGAGGCGACCACAGAUUCUAGAGCCCGAAAGCGCGCACACGCACACACACACACACACACACACACACACACACACACACACACACACACACACACACACACACACACCUGUAUGCCCCCUUGCGGCGAAUACAUGAUGACAACCUAAUGCUGGAUGAAAUAUUGUAGUUGUCAUGUCUUUUGUAAAAUGGAGAAUGAUAACAUUGUAGGUGUUCUUUGUUUCUUGUGCGAUGAAAACACUUCCACAGCUGGAGGGAGGGCUGAAGGAGAUGCUGGCUUGUUGAGCAGUGACUCUUGUAAGGGUAACAUUAUUUGGUUUGUCUCAAUCAGUACAAAGAAAGAAGAGGCAAGAGCACACACAUUAACACAACCCUGAUCUCAAGCAAUGACCAAUCGUACUGCAAACAGUUUGGAGCUGCUUCAAAUGCUUUUUUUUUGGUAUUUAGUCGUCACAAUUUUUUUAUAUAACGUUUGAAUAAUUUGAUACAAGUAAAAUUGUCUGUGAGUCGGUAGAUUUUUACUAAAUAUGAUUUUCUUUUGAGUGGAUUACUGAUUACUGGCUGCGGCACUGAGGGGUUGGGUCUAUGCUACUUCUCCGUGUUUCUUUGUAGUUUCACUGAACUGGCCGCCAAUGUGAGUCAUAUUACACGUGAACUCCAACUCCCAGCAGGCACAAGGGCU